AGUAGCUACUUAAAGCUAUGUGGACACCGUGGGAGUGGGCUCCACCCCCGGGCUGUUGCACAGCUGUUCUUGUCAGAUAAACGUGACGGCUUUGAGGCAGGCAAUACUGUUUAUUGUUCAACAACAAAACAGAUCGUCCUAGUUCAACCAGCCGCCAUGGCCUCAGGCGGGGCCCCAAUGCCAGGGGCCACCCAUUUGGCCACCAAGGUGGAGCUGACCAUCUCCUGUGAGAACCUCAUGGACAUGGACGUCUUCUCCAAGUCCGACCCUCUGUGUGCCUUGUACAUCAACACUUCAGGCACCCACUGGUAUGAGUUCGGACGCACAGAGAUGAUCCUGAACUCCCUGAAUCCAAAGUUUGCUAAGAAGUUUGUGCUGGAUUACUAUUUCGAGAUGGUGCAGAGGCUGAGGUUUUGCGUGUAUGAUAUUGAUAAUAACACCUACGACCUGGGUGAUGAUGAUUUUCUAGGGGAGCUUGAAUGUACCCUGGGCCAGAUUGUUUCUAACAGGCAGAUGACUCGACCUUUACUGCUGAAGAACAACAGGCCUGCAGGUCGCGGGACCAUCACAAUCUGUGCUGAAGAAAUGACAGACAACAGAGUGGCAAGCUUUGAGGUGUCAGCCCGCAGACUGGACAAAAAGUUUUUGUGGUGGUCCGACCCUUUCCUGGAGUUCUACAAGCAGACAGAAGCUGGAUGGCAGCUGGCCCACAGGACAGAGGUGGUACACAACAACCUAAACCCGAUCUGGAGACCCUUCCGCAUCUCAUUGCGAGCUCUCUGUGGAGGAGAUGUAGAGAGACCUAUAAAGGUCGACUGUUAUGACCAUCGCUACAACGGCUCCCACGACCUCAUUGGGAGCUUAAAAACCACACUGGCUCAGAUGCAAUUGGGAACACACAUUUCACCAGCUGAAUUUGAGUGCAUUUCCCCCAAAAAGAUGAAGAAGAGAAACUACAAAAACUCUGGGGUCAUUUGCAUCAAGAACUGUCAGGUGGUGAAGGAGUAUACCUUCCUGGAUUACAUUAUGGGGGGUUGCCAAAUGAACUUCACUAUCGCCAUUGACUUCACAGGCUCUAAUGGAGAUCCCAGAACUCCCCAGUCCCUCCACUACAUCAACCCUGAAGGCUAUAAUGAAUACCUGACAGCCAUCUGGGCAGUGGGGAACGUCAUCCAGGACUACGACAGUAACAAGAUGUUUCCUGUCUUUGGUUUUGGAGCCCAGAUCCCUCCCUUGUGGCAUGUUUCCCAUGAGUUUCCUAUUAACUUCAAUCCAUCAAAUCCGUUCUGCGCCGGCAUAGAGGGUGUGGUGCAGGCCUAUCAGCAGUGUCUGCCCCAGUUAAAGCUCUGGGGACCCACCAACUUCGCUCCAGUUAUCAACCACGUAGCCUGCUUCGCCAGACAAGCUCUCCGGCAGAAUACGGCCUCACAAUACUACGUGCUGCUGAUCAUCACUGACGGAGUGAUCACAGACAUGGACCAGACACGCACCGCUAUCGUGGAGGCCUCUCGUCUGCCCAUGUCCAUCAUCAUCGUGGGAGUGGGAGGGGCAGACUUCAGCGAAAUGGAGUUUCUGGACAGCGAUGACAAAUUGCUGAGAUCGGCCAGAGGUGAUGUCGCUGCAAGAGAUAUCGUCCAGUUUGUGCCCUUCAGAGAAUUCCAAGCAAACAGCGUGGCACUGGCCCAGAGUGUCCUGGCGGAGCUUCCUGAUCAAGUGUCCUCCUUCUUUAACACGUACAAGCUGAAACCCACGAAUACAUUCAGUGUUCCUGCCCCAUCCUAGAAAGAUGGGGUAAAUCAGCCCAUAUAAAAAAAUACCUCGUUUAUUAAUAUCCUGCAUCUCCUGCAUCCUCUUUGUGCAUUUUCUGUGUGGAUUACCGCAAAUAAAUGCCAAGAAAUGAAUGUGGAUGAAAAAAAAAAGAAAUAUUAUAUGCAAUGUAUGUAUUGUGACGAUCCAGUCUGUGUGGAUGCUCUGC